AUGUCGGCUCCGGAGGACUACCGGGCUGAGCGCACCUUUGUUUCGCGUGAGCAGGGGGCCGCAUCGCUGACGGUCAAGGAAGUGGAACUGCACCCCGGGUGGGAAGGCAGGUUGCAUACUCACCCCACCGACAUCGCCAUUAUGGUGUCGGCCGGGGCAGUGCAGUUGAUUAUCGACGAUGAACUGCGUACGGUGAGAGCGGGUUGCACUCUUUUUGCACCACCGGGCGUGCCGCACAAGCUGGUCAACAAGCUGUGGAUUCCGGUCCGGUUGCUGGUGACCUACCCUACUACUGACCUGGAGACGGACUACCUGGAGUAG